AUGGCAAGUUCCAGUGCCUCCAAUCCGGCAGUUCCUGCCAACUCCGAUCACUACAAUCAAGCGAAAAAACUAGCUUUCUCAGUGGUGAUGAAUGAGUUAAUGAGAUUGAGGGAUGAAGUUCAGGGGGAGAUAAAUAGACGUGCAAGUGAGAUUGAUGAUCGUCAGAGAGAAGAGGAGGAAAAGAAGAGGAGAGAAGAUGAAAAGACUGAAUCGUUGUUUGCUGCUUGGGUACCGAAACAUUAUGAGAGGUCAGAUCGGAAAACAGGGGAGAGGUCUGAGAGGCAUCAGAAGGGUCCAAAAUAUGGUAGUGCAACUGAGAGUGAUUCCGAGGAAGAUUCUGCACCAAGGUUCGAGUAUCACGUGGAAGAGAUAAACACCAAUGAAGAAGGAUCUGAUGCUGCUGAGGACAGGCAAAAGAUGGAGAAGUAUCUUGAUUGGAAGUUGCGAAGAUGGUUUGAUUUUAAGAGGGACAAUCCAAGGAUAUUUGCCAGAACCAUGCAGGAAGGAGAGCCCAAGGUUGAAGAGCAGAAGCUUGUUUUGAUACAUCCCCGAACUGCUCAAGUAGAAGAUUUCAGUGACUCCGAUGAGAAUCUCCCUGAUGCCUCAAAUGGCGCUGAAGAAGAAGAUGAAAGUGAUGAGGAAGAUUCGUCUUCUGGAGAUAGUGAUACUUCUCCAGCUUCAUCGGACAACAGUUGCAGUGAACGUUAUAAGGAGGAUGAGGACUGGAGCUACGAUGAAGAGGAUUGGUAA